CGUCGCCUUAUGAUAUCAUAUUUGAACAACUUCCACUCCUAUGUGCUUAUGACAGAGGCUCUGUUUGAUGUUAGGUUUUUAGUUGGACAAGUCUUAAGACCUUCCGUAAUCUUGGAUUUGAGGGUUGCUCAUCCAUGUGUAGGACACGAAAUAACUUGAAUUGAUCGGCAGUCUUAAUACAGCAAGUAAGGACUGAUUUCCCGGAGCCCACCUCAGAAAAUCACAACACAUCGCCUAGCGAGCUUAUCUAUUACCUCCACUAUUAUCCACUAUGGUGUCUGAUCAGCGUCUCCAAGACUGCAGAGCACACAUAGACUCCCUGCUCAACAUCAAGGGCCAUGCGGGACUUCGAAAAACGUCAUAUCCGUCUCGAAGCCUAAAUUUUCUAGGUCGCCAAGAGGUCCAUCCAUUCCACCAGAAGCUGCCUCGAAAUGAAUCAGAUGCUCUAACAGAUGAGCAAGCAAAAGUCUUGCUUGAUAUUAUCAUUGUAGGGGCAGGUUUAGGUGGUUUAGCAACAUCUAUAGCACUCAGAAGACGCGGCCAUAAAGUCACAGUUUUCGAGAAGGCAGAGAAGUUAGAUGAAGUUGGCGCCGGCAUCCAAAUCCCCCCAAAUUCCUCCCGCCUCCUCCUAAAAUGGGGUCUUGGCCCCUAUCUCACCCCCAAGGCGCAUGAACCCACAGCCAUAAAAAUGCGACGUUGGCAAGAUGGAUCGAUCAUUGGAUUAACGCAACUCGUGCCUGACUUUCAGGACCUAUUUCAUGCCCCGUAUUUUGUGGUACAUAGGGGCAAUCUGCAGCUGGCUAUGUAUCAGCGAGCGUUGGAUUUGGGAGUCGAUGUUAGGGUGAAUAAGGGGGUGGGCGGGUAUGAAUUAGAUGGAGAAGUGGGAACAAAAGCGGGUGUUGUACUAGAAGACGGGAGUGUGCAUUAUGCGGAUUUGAUUGUAGCAGCGGAUGGAGUCAAAUCUGAGGCUAGGAAAGUUGUGUUUGGUGGGGAGGAUCAAGCGCCACGGAGAACGGGGUUUGCGGCAUAUCGCGCGAUGGUAGAUACAGAGGAGAUGAGAAAGCAUCCACAGGUGUCGUGGUUGCUGGAGAAUCCGGGGCAGAAUUUGUGGCUCGGUGAAAUGCGCCAUGUUAUGACGUACACUGUUGCCGGUGGCAGUGCCUUCAACAUGGUGCUCUCCCACCCCGAAGACUCCGACCCUAGUACCUGGAACCAAGACACCGCCAUCCAAGAGAUGAAACAGCAUUUCGCCGGAUGGGACCCUCGUCUCACCAAAAUCAUCAACAUGAUAAAAUCCACAUUAAAAUGGCCGCUACUCAGCGGUGAGCCGCUGAGCACCUGGCUCCACCCAUCCUCCAAGCUGGUGAUUAUAGGCGACGCUGCACACGCAAUGGUACCGUACAUGUCCUCCGGCGCCGCCAUGGCCGUCGAAGACGGUGCCGCGCUUGCGGAAAUCUUGUGCCUCAUCACCUCACCUCAAGAUCUCCCUCGUGCGCUGAAAGUAUUCGAAAGAGUAAGGAUAUUGAGGGCAGGGCAGAUACAGGAAGCGAGUCUUGUAAAUGGGAAGAUCUGGCAUUUUGCGGAUGGGGCGGAGCAGAGAGCGAGGGAUGAGAGUAUGAGGGAAGAGGUAGCAGGGAGGAUGGGAGAGGAGAGUGCGAAUCAGUGGAGUGAUAGGGUUACUAUGGAGUGGGUUUAUGGGUAUGAUGCUGAGAGGGAGGUAGCGGUGGCAUGGGAGGAUGAUGCUAGGGAAAAGCCGAGGCCUUGAGGGGUUGUUGGGAUGUUUUGGGAUGCAGUUUGUGCUUCUACUCGCUUGCGAAAAUGUUUGGUUACUGUCUUCACACCCUCGGUAGCCCCGUUUGAAGUUUGGAGGUUUUCAGGUCAUGCCUAACUCUUGAGUAUCGCCAAUCAAAUGUCGAAGUAGAAAACUAG